AUGACCACAUACACCAAAAUGAAAGGUAACGUGAAAAGUGACAAGUGAUUGUUGUGUGUCAGACGGAUGCGUUCAGAGUUCUCAUCGUCUCCGAUCCGUCGAUACGGACUCUAUCACGUGGUUCUCUUCGUUUUCAUCGUUUUCAUCAUCGCCACACUCAUGAAUCGGCCGGAGAAGGUGUUGGCAGUGAGCGAGCAGGAACGGAUUGGGGUGGCGGAGUCGGUGGAGCCGCCCCAGAAUGUGUGGGAUACGCUUGAUGGGCAAGGGUACCAGUUCGACCAGGUACUUUAGAGCCGUUCAUUCAAAACGAUGUAUCUCAGUUUCCGGUGCAGAUACCAAAAAGUUGGCAACUAACAAAUUGAACGUCAAAACAUGAUGUUUAUUUUCUCAAUUGAGCACUUUUUGAUAUCUCCAAGGACAACUGAGAUACACGAAGUUAUUGGAGGCAAUUUUCAGAACAGAGACAACGUGUUGGAUCCCCGCUUCGAAGUGCUCAAUAGUCUGCCAGCGUGCGAUUUGACAGUCGACAAACAGUCGCCUUCUCUAGACCCCACAAAAUUGAUGAACGCUUUCCAAAAGUGCAUCAAUCCGAUCGUCGGAAGAUGGAAGAAUGACGUGGCGGCGGUGGGUCAGGGAUCAGACCAAUAAGACCAAGAAGCUGUUGGCGUUUCAGAUAAACGGGCGAUGGGAGGAAACGGAAAGAUGCGAUCGGGUCUUCCGAUCGUUGCGGAUUGUUCCGAUGGAAAAUCUGCACGAGAUCAAGUGGACUAUACUUCCCGUUUGCGUCAGUUGAGCCGGAUAGAGGGCGGCGACCUGAAAGAGCAGUUGUUUGCAGAAAGAAGACAAUAUAAUGGUCACUCUGGGAGUCGGACAUGACACUAUGGCCGAGGAGAAGUUGAACAAAGUGAGACGAGCCACACACCUUUUGUAACUUUGAAUUUGCAAUAUACGCUUCAGUGCAAAAAAAGAUCUGAAAAAUCCAUCCGGAACCGUCUCAGUUCAGACCCUCCCAAACACAAAGUUCUUCGGCGCCGACCCGAUAAUCGAUCCGAAUCGGCAGCUGUACUCGGCGUUCGGAAAGUUUUUUCCGUUCGCAAUCGGCAAGGAGCCGGGAUUCACAAAGUUCCGAGUGCUUCCGAAUCAGAAUCAGAAGACUAGUCAGUUCGAUUUCCGCUCACAUCUUUUCAGUUAUCUUCAGGAGAGUACCAGUUCCAAGACGUCACCACUCUUCCGUUCAGCUACUUUUUAUCGGAUAUUCUCGGACUGAAAGUUGUUGCUUUUGAUUUCAAUUCAUAACUACUCAAAACUUCCAGAAAAUCGAUGUCGCGUGGAUUGACAUCGAAGGCGGCGAGUUCGAGUUUCUGGAACAGCUGCAUCGGGGCGAGAUGCUCGACCAGAAGGGCGUCUCGAUUUGCCAGUUCAAUCUGGAAAUCCACUCAAAGUUCCGCCCGUCCGGAGCGCCCGUCUUCCACGAUUUCGUGUUCCGCGUGCUCAAAGAGAAACGCUACGUUUUCCUGAAACCGGCACGCACCGAACCGGGCGUCCAUCGCAUGUUCUUCGUUAAUCUCGAAGACAAGCAAUGCAUUCGGAAGUUUCUACAAUAG